CUGCGAAAGACAAACCGAAGAAGAUAAACCCCUUUCACUCAAAAACCCUUUUUUUUUCUCUUCCUCACUCAAAAUCAUCAAUGGCUCUCUUCCAUUCUCUUACUCUUCCACUUCACAGACUAACCACUCUUUCACCCUUUUCUUCCAAACCUCUAUCUAUUUCUCUACCUCACACCUCUUCAUCUUCAACACAUCAACAACACUCUUAUCCUCUCACCACAAAAACAACAACUCACUUCAACAACAAUAGAAAAUUGCUUUGCAAACCACCUAAAGGAAAACAUAUUAGAGAAGACUAUCUUGUGAAAAAGUUUUCAGCUCAAGAAAUCCAAGAGCUGAUGAAAGGAGAAAGAAAUGUUCCUCUUAUUAUUGAUUUCUAUGCAACAUGGUGUGGUCCAUGCAUCUUAAUGGCUCAAGAAAUUGAAAUGCUUGCAGUUGAGUACGAGCAAAAUGCGAUGAUUGUUAAGGUUGAUACAGAUGAUGAGUAUGAGUUCGCACGUGACAUGCAGGUUCGAGGGCUGCCUACGGUUUUCUUUAUUAGUCCUGAUCCAAAAAAAGACGCUAUCCGAACUGAAGGUCUUAUACCAAUACAGAUGAUGAGAGAUAUCAUUGACAAAGAAAUGUGAAACAGUUAAGGGUACUCAUCACCUGACAUAGUUGAAAUUUCUAGAUCUUGCAAUAUGCUGUUUGGUUUAAAUGUAGCCUAUUUUGGGACAGAUUUGAAGUGCUAACCAAUUCAUAUGAAUUUGGCUUUUGAAGUUCAUAAAUUGUAUGAUAGUUUAUGUAAUGUUUGAGCCUUUGAGGUCGACAUAUGAUGUAGUGUAUCACGUGUGAUGUUUUAUAGAAAGACAUCUUAGCAUUAUUGUAAGUUUAUUCUAUUCAAAUAUAAAAUUUGUUAUUGAAAGGAA